CACACCAUGCAUCCACCUAUCUUGACAAAUCGCAUCUCGACUUCUGUCGAGAACACGACGGAGCAACAAACGAAAAAGUUCUCAAUCGGACCAAACAUCACCAAUCCUUUUCCUUUCGCUUCCGUUGUAAUCAAACUAAAUGAAUUAUUAUAUUCAUCAUCUUCUCCAUUAAUCCAACCCCCAAAGCCCUAACUCCAUAAUCCCAGUCCCCAGAUCAUGAAUUCACCAAUCCCUCUUUUGUUUUUGUUCUUCUUCACUCUUUUCAUUCACCCAUCGAUCUCAAAAUCACCUUCGCUUUUCCUUUCCUCAAAUUCUCUCACCAAAUCAAACAACUCGGUAACUAUCAGAUGGUCUGGAGUCGACUCACCUUCACAACUCGACUGGCUCGGCAUCUACACGCCGCCCAACUCCUCCCUCCACCACUACAUCGGUUAUCUCUACCUCAACACCUCAUCCACAUGGCAAUCCGGGUCGGGUUCCAUCACAAUCCCAUUGAUUAACCUCAGAUCCAAAUACAAAAUCCGGAUCUUUCGAUGGACAGAGUCAGAGAUCAUCCCGACCCGCCAAGAUCAUGACAACAAUCCCUUACCACAACCCAAACAUUUACUAGCGGAAACGGAGGAGUUUGAGUACGAACAAGCUCACGGGCCGGACCAGAUCCAUUUAGCGUUGACGGGUGAGGUCGGUGAGAUGCGGGUUAUGUUUGUGAGUGGUCAUGGAAAGGAAAGUGUCGUGAAGUACGGUUUGGAUUCGGGUCGGAUGGAUCAUGUGGUGGAAACUCGGGUCGGCCGGUAUGAGAGGGAAGAUAUGUGUGAUUCUCCGGCGAAUCAGAGUGUUGGGUGGAGAGAUCCAGGGUUUAUACAUGAUGGAGUGAUGAUCAACUUACAACCAGGAAGAAGGUACUUCUACAAGGUGGGAAGUGAUUCAGAGGGUUGGAGCAAUACUUUCGACUUCGUAUCACCAGAUAACAAUUCAGGUGAAACAAUAGCUUUUUUGUUCGGAGAUAUGGGGACAGCAACACCAUAUAACACCUAUAUAAGAACACAAGACGAAAGUAUUUCAACCAUUAAAUGGAUUGCGCGUGACAUUGAAGCCCUCGGUGAAAAACCAGCUCUGAUAUCCCACAUUGGGGAUAUCAGUUACGCCAGGGGCUACUCCUGGAUCUGGGAUCAUUUUUUCAACCAGAUCGAGCCCGUGGCGUCUAAAGUUCCGUACCACGUCUGCAUCGGCAAUCAUGAGUAUGAUUGGCCGAUGCAGCCGUGGAAUCCAGACUGGGCGAUAUAUGUUUUCGCUCGUGAUGCUGGUGGUGAAUGUGGGAUACCGUAUAGCUAUAAAUUCAACAUGCCCGGGAACUCGUCCGAGUCAACCGGGACCCGGGCCCCGCCGACUCGGAACCUUUACUAUUCUUUCAAUUUCGGUGUUGUUCAUUUUGUGUAUUUAUCAACGGAAACGGAUUUCCUCAAAGGGAGUAAACAAUACGAGUUUCUAAAGAGCGAUUUGGAGUCGGUUGACCGGGUCAAAACGCCGUUUGUUGUGGUCCAAGGUCAUAGACCGAUGUACACCACGAGCAAUGAGGUUAGAGACCGUCCGAUUCGGGAGAAAAUGCUUGAGCAUUUGGAACCGUUGUUGGUUGAUAAUAAAGUGAACCUGGCCCUGUGGGGCCAUGUUCACAGAUAUGAACGUUUUUGUCCAAUAAAUAAUUAUACUUGUGGGAGUGGGCCAGUACAUGUGGUGAUUGGGAUGGCUGGUCAGGACUGGCAGCCCAUUUGGGAGCCUAGACCUAACCACCUAACAGUCCCAAUUUUUCCACAACCGGCCCGCUCAGUGUACCGUGGUGGUGAGUUUGGGUACACCAAACUCAUUGCUAACAGAGAGAAACUAACUUUUACUUAUAUCGGAAAUCAUGAUGGGGAGGCACAUGAUGUGGUGGAAAUUCUAGCAUCCGGGGAAAUCAUAAAUGGUGAAAUUACUAAAAUAGUCACUAACGAGGGUGGGCCAAGUGAGAAUCUGAAGGGUAAAGACGGAAAAACAUCGGUUUUGUGGUAUGUUCAGGGUGCUGGUCUUCUAUUGUUUUGUAUGUUAGUUGGAUAUUUUAUUGGGUCGAUGUCUCGUAAGAAGAAAGAAGGUGUCACAAAUAAGGAUUGGACCCCGGUUAAGACUACCGAAGAAACAUGAAUAUUUUGUAUACUUUCUUUUGCUAGUUUUGUGUAUAAGUUAUAGAUUUCGAUUAAACGGUUUUCAUUCUUAUAUGUCGGAUAUGAAGAGCUUACUAGAUAUGUGUAAAUAUAAUGUUUGUAGUGUUAUCGUAUGAAUAAAAAGUUGUCACUAUGCUAGAGCCAUAUUUUCACACCAAU